UUGUGGUGAUGAGAAACAGGCAGCUGAAGUAGGCCACUCAAGUACUGAGACAAAUGUUCAAAGUUUCUCCUCUGCCAGAAUACCACCAAACUAGGUCAAUGGCCUCUUUAAGAAAUGACACGCUUGUGACAAAGAUUACUUUAGGCAAGCGUGUGGAGCAGAGCAAGUCGUGCGAGACAGGCAGAAGGUUGCUGUAAAAUAUUGUCGGAUGGUGUCUUGCUGAGAAAAUGCAUAGAGGAGUAAAUUCUGGAUGUAUUUAUCAGAGCUGCUAUGAUGCACUUCUGAAAAUGUUGUCAAAAGGAAAGCCUGCAGUGAGAAGAUGAAGAUAAAGUGCUUCUCCUACUCCGUUUGGCUGCCUUAUUCCUGAACACACAGAUGGAUGAGUUGCUGAAUGGGUCCUCUGGUUUCAGAGAGAUGAGCUGAGAUGAAUCUCUUGUUAGCCAGUAGGAGAUGCAUUAUCAUGCUCCUUUGUUUCUCCAUUAUAGGCUGGCCUCUGCUCCCUGCUGAUUGUAUAGACAUCAUCCCUCUCGGCUACGUGACGGCAGAGCCAGCCACGCCCGUCCUCAUGGGUUCAAACCUGACCGUGUUCUGCCACCUCUUUAAAUGUGAACAGAGGUCCACACUGUACCUGGAGCUGAAUAAACAGGAAGUGAAGUCGUCAAAAAGAGAGAACUGCACCACCACGGUUUUCUAUCUGCCCCGUGUAUGGAUGCCGCUGUCCAAGGUGGUCUGCAUGAUGCAGAGCGAACAAGUGUCUCGCCUGAAAGUCGUCAGCGGCCUGGACCUGCGGGCUGGACUUCCUCCAGACAAGCCUGCAAAUAUUAGCUGUGAAACAGCAAGGAGCUCUGACUUGGUAAACUGCUCACUGCAGAGAGGACAGGAAACGUAUCUUCACACACGCUACAACAUUUCAGUCCUCAGAGAGAAUGAAAGUAUUUUCGGUCUGAUCCAGGACGGCGAGAAGAUCAGCAUACCACGAGCAAUCUUAGACGAAAACACUAAAUACACGCUGAUCGCCACUGCUUACAACCACUUUGGAGCGACUCAGUCGGACCCAUUCAUCUUUUCUCUGGAGGAUAUUGUGAUACCAGAGACCCCUCAUAUCGUUAGGAUGGAGUUUAUGAAUGAAUCCACAUCUGCCACGCUGUACUGGAACACCUCUGAGUCUUCGAUGCGCCUCAGACCACAAGUCAGGCUCUCUGCAAAUAACGACACAUGGGAGCAGAGAGAGGUAGCAGAGCUCAGCAAGGGUCUGAUACAAGUGGAGAACCUGAGGCCUCUGACUGAAUAUGAGUUCCAGAUCAAAACGUGUGCCUCAUUAUCGAGGCAGACACCUACUAGCACACCAAGCUUUAAAACCAGCCUAAGAUCCCUCUGCAGCAAAUGGAGCCCGUCUGUGAGGAGGAUGAGUCCUGGAAAAGGUCCAUCUCAGGAGCUACACGUGUGGAGAACCUUAGGGGAACAGGCCAGAAAUGGGCUGAGGACUGUUACUGUUUUCUGGAAGCCUCCACCUUUAGAUAGUUACAGCGGUGAGCUGCUGAACUACAGCAUCCUCCUGGAUAACGGCCAUGAGGAGAACUGCUCUGCUGCUUCCAGCCAGUGUUCAGUUCAGGCACCAGUGGAGAGUCAAACACUGAGUGUCCGUGCUGUAACCUCCUACGGGACGUCUCCACCGGCUUCUGUAGAUCUCAGACACACGGGUUUUUCUGAAUCGUUUUUGGGAAAGUUGACUCUUGCAGCAGAUGCCGGCUCUGUACAUGUCUCCUGGUCUUCAACAGCUGGGAAGGAUCUUCUGUACUUUGUAAUAGAAUGGGAAAGCAUGCCUGCAGGGAGGCUGCACUGGACGAAGGUGCUCAAAGAACUAAAAGAAACAACAAUCACAGGUUUGAUGGCGGGCGUGAAGUACAACCUCUCUUUGUAUGCUGUUACCACCAGAGGGGUCAGUGCUCCAGCAUCCAGACUGAUCUACUCCAGAGAACAGAAGCCACUUUCAGCUCCCACGCUCCAUGUGCUGAUCCGUGAGGCCCGACGGAUCCUGGUCCGGUGGGAUGAACUACCUCUAUCCCAACAAAGGGGCUUCAUCACAAAGUACACAUUCUACUGGCAGACACUUGACUCCAGCAGCACCAAGCUCAGUGUGACGGUGUCUGGAUCGGACCAAAGACAGUUGUGGCUUGACUGUCCAGAAGGAGCUUUGACCCUACAGCUGAGCGCAUCAAACUCAGCAGGAGAAGGUCCUCGAGGGGGAAAGCCCAUAUCUCCGCCCGCAGACCCAGCUGUGCACCUGGUGAUUGUGAUUGUGUUCAUCCUGGCCAUGUUCGUAACGAUUGUGGCCAACCUGAUGUGCUGGGGCUGUGUGAGGAAACGGAUCAAACAGAAAUGUAUAGCGUGGGGACCCGAAUGGCUCGUGGACAACUUGCCAAAACCAGGACACAGUAACGCCAUCAGACUGCUGGAGGAUGACAGAAGCGAGCCUCUUUUCUCCUCCGUCUACAGUGACCCUCCUCUCUCCCCGAUCCUGGUGGUCUCCCAGGAGGAGAGGGAUGAGGUGUACCCGGCCAUCCACGUCGAAGAGUCCCAGGCUGGAUCUGAACAGGCCACAACAGAGACCAUGUCCAUUCUGGUUGAAUACGCCGGAUACAAACCUCAGAUUGCUCCACUGGUUCCCCUCGAAGAGGAGGCGAACGAUGCAGAGGAGGAGCAAACGGAUGGUCGAGAAAACCCAGGGGAAGACAGGUGCUUGGUUGGAUCUGAAGGAUUACUGGGAGGCUUGUUGUGCCGCAUGGAUGUGGAUUGCUCUGAUGCGUCUCCUCGGGUCACUCUCGGUUCUAUCGGGGAUCUUUUGCUGCCUGGAACGGCUAAAACGUCUUUCUUGAAUGGAGUCUGCUUACAAGAGAUGAGCGGCAAGGAGGAGGAUGUGGUGAACGUCGUUUCCUCUCUGGAUUUGCAGCAGGAUGUGAAAAAGACUCUCGAUUCGGAUGAUACCUCCUCUCUGUUUUCACCCAGCACACUGCUGAACAGUGGUUACUUCCCCCAGGUGGCUUCCCUCGGCACUGUGCCACUUGACACGCAGAGGUAGCAGGGAGGUUGGAGGGACAAGAACUGCACUACUAGGUCAACUUUUAAGAAAGCAUUACGAAAGCACCGUUUUCAGGAUAAAAGUUUUUUCAUGGUAUCAAUGAACUGCACAUAUAGUUGUUGACCUCGUCUGGUUGGCAUUUUCAUUGUGAAGUCCAGUGAGUGAUAAAUUAUAAUGGUUUUACUCCUGGCUUGGACUCCUCUGAUCUUUGUGAAUGUAUGUUCAGUCAAUCUGUGAUUCACUGUCUUAAUA